CCGAGGGGGGGAAAUUUAUCUGAUCAAACUAAUUUAGUAAGUACAUUGACAGCCAAACAUUAACAAACACAGUUAUCUCUCAAGAUCUGGAUGAGCCACCUUUCUGCGGACGAUCACGUUUGUUACCAAAUCCUUUGGGGUCUGGAGGACUCCACAUAGGCUCACAUAGGUCUCCUGAUCUCAGAUGCCGCUACUCCAUGUUCUUUUACGUGUUUGGCAAAGCUUGCUCACAAGUUCCAGGACCAACUUGAAGAUUCAGAAGAAGAAGCACCAUUCAUUAAUUGGCAAAACUCCAUCGGCAAAUGUAUAUCAGGCUGUAUAUUCUACCGCUACGACCUCCAAACUGGUUGCUGUGAAGUCAUUGAGGAUAGAAAUUUUCGGAAACACGGAAGUCCAGGAGAUAUUAAUUAGAGCUCAUGUCUGGAUGACGUUGCAACACGACAAUAUUCUUAUUCCUAUAGGAUUCACUGAUGGAUUUGGACCGCUUCCGUCAAUUGUGUACGAUUGGAUGCCGGGCGGGACAUUGACAUCAUACCUCGAAAAAAACUCUGACAGUCUAAGUGUUCUGGCAAGGUUUAACCUGAUCAAGCAAAUAGCGGCUGGACUCUGUUACCUGCACUACAAGAACAUCAUUCAUGGCAAUCUACAUGGAAACAACGUCUUGAUCGAUGUCAUGGGUGUUGCAUAUCUUGCAGAUUACGACGUUACUCUAGCACACCGAGGGCAACAUAUUCCCCCAUCUGUGAGAUGGGCAGCGCCAGAACGCUUUGACAGUAAAAACGUGGUCGUUCCCACGACCAAGAGUGAUGUUUACUCUAUUGGAACCAUCAUCUACCAGAUCCUUACUGGCCGUGAACCUUAUUAUGAGUUCAGAUCAGGAAACAAGGUUUCUAUCCAAAUAUUGAACGGAAACAAACCUUCACGAUCGCACGAUGCUCAUAUCACAGACCAUCACUGGUCAUUCAUGGAAAAAUGCUGGUUCGUCCCAGAAAAUCGCCCAUCUGCCGCUGAAGUGCUGCACUUCUCUCAAACGGAAGUCGAGCUUCUCACCACAUAGGCCUAUGUGAGGAACUCACAUCCACCUGCUCAUUCCUUUGCUUGAAACUAUUACACUCGUUUCUCAUUGCUCUCAUUACUAUGGACUUCAUGGGGUCAUGGCCACCGGCGUUGUUUUUCUGGCAACACGAGGCCCCGUUAUUAUUAUUCUGGAUGACAUACAUAUCGCACUUUUUAAAAACCAAGUUCCAAUCUAUUGUAAUAUUUGUAUGUAUAUUACACGACUUUUUACGUAUAUGUAGCUUCGGGAUACUAGCACCGUACACCAAGUCAUUGACUUCUACUUUCCUCUCAUUACUUGCCUACUUGAUACUCUUGUAUACGUUAAUGAUGUGCUGUUGAUCAGUAUGACACUGCUGCUUGUGAGACCGGGAAG